CCAAAGCACUCCAAGUGUUUGAUAAAAUACUUCAAACACUAUUUUUGCUUAAACAGCUCGGCCGCUUACAAGAGCUCCUCUUCUCUUUUGCUUGAGCUCAAACCAAUAUUUCAUGAUCUAAACAACUAUGAAUUCCAUAAGUGACAACAACACCUCUCCCGCCUUUAACUAGGCAACUUGGCUACAAAAUGUUUCCCUCAUCACUUUUGGUUCUACCUUAGCUCAAACUCGUGCUUCUUGUUUUUCACUUAUUGAAGCUUUCACUUAUUUGAUCCACCCUAGCCUAACUUUCACCUAUAUUUCUAUUAUUUUUUUUUAGGAUUGUAGGUGGAUUCAAGCUACCCAUGUCUCGUAGGGAGAGACAAAGGUACGAGUCUCCCGACUCAUAUACGCCUCCAUCAUCUCCCGGAUCUGACAUAGAGGAAGGGAAUGACAUUAAUCCUCUUCGAAUGGAACCACCCAAGGAAGCUUGGGCCGAUAUAGAAGUUCGUAAUGCUACCUCCAAAUAUUUCGACUUCAAUUCAGCUUUGGCGUGCAUUACAAACUUGAGUCAUCCUGCUACACGCAAACUGUUUGAUAUUCGUCCUUGUUAUGAAGGAGAUGUUGUUUGUGACUCUCCCUCAAAGGGAGAGUGUGUUUGUUUUACUUAUGUGUACUACUGUACUUUUUUAAAAUUGGGAGUCUGCCUGCCGUUUACUGACUUCCAAUGUGAGAUUCUUAAUACGCUCAACGUUGCACCAACCCAAUUACAUCCAAAUUGUUGGGGCUUUAUUAGGGCAUUUGAAAUCCUAUGAGGUGGUUUAGGUCUUCCUUUCUCGACCUAUUCCUUUUUUUCUUGCUUCCAAGCUAAAAGUAUUAAGAGAAAUUCUUGGAUUUAUAUGGCAAACAAAGCUAAACACACUCUCAUUACUCCCCUCACCUCGUCUUGGAAAAACUUCAAAAAUGACUUCCUUCGUGUUUCUCCUAGUCCUACCUCCCCACUAUGGUACGAUGACUCUGGAGUUCCCUUUUUUCCUUUUCAUUGGACCAAAAGACCAGUGACCAAACCUGACCUUCGUAGCUUACCUCACUCAGUCGAUGACAUGAAAGCUAUUGCAAAGUUACGUACGAUGCAAACGGUGACCGUAGCUGAGUUACUUCUUUAUGAGAACAAUGCAGCUCAACUAUCUACAUAUUUACGAUCCAAAGAAAUGGUGAUGACUAACGAGGAGCGCGCUCGAAUUUGGGACCAAGUUGAUGAAGAGGUUUGAGGUCCACAACUAGAUGCACACAAGGACCAAAGUGCCUCCAUUCCGGCUGGUAGUACUAGUCCUACUUCUCCUCGGAAGAAAAAGUCGAAGAGGAAAAACAUUGCUAGAAAUGAGAUAGUUUUGGCAGCUCCCCCAGCUCAUGUGAGCCCUCAGCCUGCUCCUCGGAUUCCUAUCCGCACCGACACCUCCUCUUUUCCAGCAAAUAAUUGGCGUGCUAAGCUGGCCAUUGAUGAUCGCGGUGGCGAAUCCGAAUCUGCUUGGGAUGUGCAUUUCUCCGGUGAGGGAGUUACAUCACAGUAUACCACCUCUUCUGAUGUACAGGUAAUUAAAGAGCUUGACUUUGAACAAACCUUGGAGGCUAUGAGGACCUAUAAUUUGUGGUCAGCUUCCCUUGCUACCGAGACCUGCAAGACUCUCAAGGAGGAGCGCACUCGCUACUUAGAAAAUCUUCGUACAAAGACUGGUGAUAUUGACACCUUGAAGGCGUCACUAAAAACUGUUGAGGGUGAGCUCGAAACAUCACAUUCAAAGUUCUCAGAGUUGGAGUAAAAAAUGAAGUCCCUUAAAGUAUCGUAUGAAAGAAAAGACAAGAAGCUUGAAGAUAAUGUCAAAGAGCUUGAGAAAAAGAACAAAGAGAUGGAGAAAAAGGAUAAGUGUAUUCAUGUUCUGGAGAGGUCCUCCGUUGAAGAGUUCGAACUUGGGUUUGCGCGAGCUCUUGAGCAGCUUGAGAUUCUUCAUCCCGGACUUGAUACCCGCGGGGCAAAUUCGAGAUUCGUGGUCGAAAAUGGUCGGAUUGUGAAUCCAAAGGCUAGAUCUACUUUUGGUGUUGUGACUGGCCACCGAUCUACUUAGUUGUGAUAUCUAGCAUAUUUUGCAUUUCUACUAUUCCACAAUCUCUUUUGGAAUUUUGCAAUUUUUAUAUGGUCACUUUUGGACCUUUUCUACUAUGUUAUAUUGUACUUGUAUUAUCCAUGACUACUUGAACUUUAUGUAUUCGAGCGGAGCUCCAUAGUGGAUCGUUUAUGAUAUUAUGAUAUUUAUAA